AUGUUCUCUAUAGGAUUUAAAUCCAAGGAACGCAUAGGCUCGUUCGGGAUAGCAAUUCCUUGCUGUUUGAAGAACAGCUUUGUCGACCAGCUAAGGUAUACGCGAGCACUGCCCUGCAUUAACGUGUAGCCUGAUUGCCAAUACGUUACCAGAUGCUUGCCUAAGACUCCCUAGUACUCAAGGAUACUCAUUUGAGUUGAUGUGGCCGGCAACGGAAGCGCUCCGGUUCUUGGAAGGCGCUCCAAAUCAUCAACUAGCCACCUAA